CGUCGUCCAUAGUAGCGAAGAGCCUGGUGGGCGAGCACAUUAGACGACGAACUAACUUACUUCAUGCAAUCCUUGUGGACUCUAAAUAAAAAGAAGACAAGAGAAGGAGCUCCAGAAGUGCUCCUGUCGGCCAGCGUACCAGUUUGCAGAAUUAAAAUGGGCUGCUGUGGAUCAAGAUCACCAGAAGGAGGUCGGCCAUGUCCUACAGGCACAGGUUCCAUGGUGACGAUGGAACAGCUCAGAUUUGUGAAACCGGUGUCCACAUUGCAGGAGGAUCUUUAUGUGAUACGCACCUCCACUGGGCGACUCUACGCUAGGAGCUACAAAAAUGAGCAAAUGCCACCCGUUCAAGAAGGAGUGUUUGUUGUGCGUACGUGUUCCAUAAGUGGUGUGUGUGGCUAUUCACCGAAACCACCAGAGCAACGCAUUGUUUUCCAGGGCGCCUCCAAACCCCAACAGGCAUCAGUCGGUAAGCCGUAUGAAAUGCAGCCUCGCUUCAUUGGCAACACGAUAAGUCGGCGCGACGGCACAUGGGAAUGGGACGUUGGAAUGAUAGAAACACCACCGUUCGGACCAGAACAGGCUCUGUGCACGCCAGGUUUAUACUUCAUUCGUGAGGGACCCAUCACUGGUUACCAAUUGCGGUGUCUAGCGUACAACGAGACCGUGCUGUGCGUAAGUAAAACAAAGGCAAAGGGUGGUGCUGACUAUCCUUUGAUGAUCCUUCCGCUAGAUCAAGCAAAGCAGCAACUUGCCUAUACCUUCGUCGAUACUCAGGCGCCGUAAGCCCUAAUUGGAAUGUGAAGUUCCAGGCUUGUUUUGGUGCCGUAUUCAGUACAUUGUUACUUUCUCUGGAGAUGAUAAAUAAUUGUUUGCAUGUACAUUGUUGUACGAAAGACUCAGUUGACUGUGGUCUGUGUGUGGUCUGCCCUUUCCAGCAUAUACACAUGACCUUCGCAUGCAUGUCACACUUCAGUGCAACACUACUGCCCUGGCCCACACCAUUGCGUUGGUAAUAAAUGUAUCCCUAUAGAACGCUUACUCUGUUUGGAUUCUCUCACUUUUUUUUUUAACUUUGUUUUACUUCGCAAAAUCCAAUGACAAGGUAGCGAAGAAGACUUUGCGUUCAUGUAGCUGACGCCUUCUUUACACGUAUUGCUUUCGUCUUCAACAUCGCACACAUCACCACCAUACGCUUGCGGUGUUGUUGACGCCUUGGGCAUUUCAUCUAAUCACAGUGCCCACGUUUUCCUCGAGAACAUGUUCUAUUGUGGUGUACUGCAUCCAUAACAUAUGCAAGACUGCUUAACUUCAACUUGUAAACGCGUAUAAUCAUUCUUUAUUCAGUUUCUCACAAUCUAUUCCCAACAUAGGCAGUGUAAGGUUCCGUCUCCCGUACAUUGACCCCUUCUGCAUCCUCUUCCUGCUGGCUUGCAUUCAUCCUUCUUUCAGGUUUUGUUCCAGUGGCCUUCAAUAGAUACUUGCGCCAUAGCUACCCAUUUUCUUUAUCUAGCACUCUUUCUUUCCCAUUCGA